AUGAGCACGUUUUUCGAUGAGAUGAAAAGGUCGUUUGUCGACGUCCCAGUAGAGGACGGCAAGAUCGCCACUUCUGAGUUUUUGGAGGCCGCCGAGUCUCUUGUGAAGCUGUUUGAUCUGCUGGGAUCGUCUGCCUUUGCAGUUGUCCAGAACGACAUGACGGGAAAUAUUAACAAGGUGCGCGCCAAGCUCCUUGCUGCUCCUGACAAGGCAGGCACCUUGCAGGAUCUGAUUUUAUCGGAGGCAAACGACAAAAAGAAGAUCGCUACGCAGGGCCUGUUGUGGCUGUGCAGAGGUCUGCAGUUCACGGCUGUCGCCAUGAGAGAGACCGUUUCGAGACCAAACGACGAGCUGUCCAAGACUUUCACCGACGCCUACGGCAAGACCUUGACGAAAUACCACACAAUGCUCAUUAGACCUGUUUUCAAGCUUGCAAUGAAGGCUUGUCCCUACAGAGCAGACUUCUUUGCCAAGCUGGGUGCUGACCAGGCGAAGGUUGCCGAGCAGCUGGAGGCGUGGCUGAGCGCCCUGGAGAACAUCGUGACCCUGAUCAUGGACUUCUUCGAGAAGGGCAAUUACGGCAAGGGACUGUGA